AUGGCAGAAACACCUUGCACUCUGAUUGCUGCAGCGGAUAUUGAUGAGGCCUUUCGAAGCAGUACGAUCGAUCUGUCAUCGUCAAGACUCUUGGGCAAAGUCAUCGGCCAGUCGGAUGAAUGGUUCGCGGAAGCCAGCAACUUGAUCAACCCCAAGCCACCGAUCUCGGGGAAUGGCAAGGUCGUCUUCACCGGCGGCUGGUAUGAUGGCUGGGAAACGCGAAGACACAACAAACAAGAAUUCGACUAUGCGAUUAUCAAACUGGGCCCCGAGAUGAUUCGGAGUGGGGGAGGCUUCAUCUGGGGGGUUGAGGUCGAUACGGCCUUCUUUAACGGAAACGAAGCACCCGCGAUCAGUGUGGAAGGGUUUGCACCUGCUACUGCGAUGACAUCUGAGACGGAGCAACAGGCUCUGGACGACAAGGUGCUGGAAUGGGGCCACGGAAAGGGGGAAUGGCGGAUGAUUUUGAGCAAGCAACCCUGCGGUCCGAGUCGCCGGCAGGCGUGGAAGCUGCAGACUCCCACGGAGCGUCCAUACACACAUUUCAGGCUCAACAUGUACCCUGAUGGUGGGAUCGCGCGUCUACGCCUCUACGGACGCCCGGCUUCUCCCACACCCUCAAACGUGACCGGCACAGGCGGAGGCCCGGACCCGUUAAGAGGCUUGGACCUCGCAGCGGCGACGAACGCCGGGCGCUGCAUCGCGUGCAGCAACGAGCACUACUCCAGCCCCAACAACCUCCUCCUCCCAGGGCGUGGUGUCGACAUGAGCGACGGAUGGGAAACGCGGCGCAGUCGCGAGCCAGGCCACACGGACUGGGCAAUCGUGAGGCUGGGAGCGGCAGGUCUGGUGAAGAGCGUGGUCGUGGACACGGCACAUUUCAGAGGCAACUUCCCGGACAAAUGCCAGGUCUGGGGCAUCGACUGGACCGGCAAGGAAGGAGAGCCCCUCGGCCAGACCGACGAGGAGGGCUGGAUGGAUCUCACGGGCGGGCUUCAGGACUGCCGGGCCCAUGAAGAGCACAUCUUUGACUGUGAGAAUAAAGUCAAGGGCGCAGCGCUGAGCCACGUGAAGCUGGUCAUCGUGCCCGACGGUGGUGUCAAGAGGCUCCGAGUCUAUGGCGUUCCGGUCGUCGCCAGAUGA